CCUUUGAAUUUACACAUGGGACAUUUUGGAAUGUUUUUCUAUUCUCCUGUUGUAAUUUCCAUUAGAAUCUUAGGUUUCCAUUGACUAUCAAUAGUCAAUUGUUUUCUUAUCAUUUGUUUAGAUUUUAACAUUAAGUCUUCAAUUAGUUUUAUCUCUAGUCUCUAUAGUACAUUUGUUUCAUUUAUUGGUUUUGGUUUCUUCACUCAAAUUCUGGCAUCCAUGUCAUCGGCAACAUUUGCUUGCUCUUCACCGGCGGAAACACCACCGAGUGAAACAUUAGCCUCUCAAGACAACGGGAAUGAUGGGAGAAUAGCAAUGGCUUGUACACUUAAGGAAACAGCGAAUCAACAUUUUAAAGAUCAAGAUUAUCUCCAGGCAAUUCUACUUUACUCGCAAGCCAUUAGUUAUGAUGAUACUUCAGCAACACUUUACUCUAAUCGUAGUAUUGCUCAUUUACGUUUAGAAAAUUUUGGUUACGCUCUUUCCGAUGCAACAAAAGCCAUUGAAUGUGAUCCCAAUUAUGUUAAAGGUUAUUAUCGUCGUGCAGCGGCUCACAUGGCUUUAGGUAAAUACAGGGAAUCGUUAAAAGAUUUUGAACAUAUUCUUCGUAUCAAUCCAUCAAAUAAGGAAGCACGAUUGAGACUCAAUGAAUGUAAAAGAUUAAUUCGUAAACAAGCCUUUGAAAAAGCAAUUUCAGUUGAUUGCGAGAAAUCAAUUGCAUCCACAAUUGAUCCAGAUAGUAUGGAAUGUGAAUCCAAUUAUGAUGGUCCACAUUUGGUUAAUGGUCAAGUUACACUUGAAUUUGUCCAAGCAUUAAUCGAAACCUUUAAACAAGGUAAAAAGUUGGAUAAAAAAUAUGCCUAUAUGAUUAUUUUACAAGUAGCCGAUUUGUUUAGAAAGUGUAACUCAUUAGUAGAUGUAACAAUUCCCCAAACCGAGUAUUCAAAGUUUACCGUGUGUGGUGAUAUUCAUGGACAAUAUUUUGAUUUACUCAAUAUUUUUCGACUUAACGAACUUCCAUCAGAAACUAAUCCCUACCUGUUUAAUGGUGAUUUUGUUGAUCGUGGCUCAUUUUCAGUUGAAUGUAUUCUUACCCUAUUCGCCUUUAAAGCUCUUUAUCCAGACCAUUUCUUCAUGUCCAGGGGAAACCAUGAAAGCCAAACAAUGAACCAAAUGUACGGUUUCGAGGGUGAAGUUAAAAGUAAAUAUUCGUCCACAAUGUAUGACCUAUUCACGGAAACGUUUAACCUGUUACCCCUUGCCCAUUGCCUUAAUAAACGAGUACUGGUAAUGCAUGGUGGCCUUUUCAGUUCCGAUACCGUUACCCUAGAUGAUAUAAGGAAAGUUGAUCGUUUCCGACAACCACCCGAUGAAGGAAUCAUGUGUGAACUUUUAUGGUCCGAUCCAAUGAAUAAACAUGGCCGAGCACCGUCUAAACGAGGUGUUGGAAUACAAUUUGGUCCUGAUGUGACUCACAAUUUUUGUAAAUUUAAUAAUCUUGAUUACAUAAUUCGAAGUCAUGAAGUUAAACACCAAGGCUAUGAAGUAGCUCAUCAUGGUAAGAUGAUCACAGUCUUUUCAGCUCCUAAUUAUUGUGAUGCCAUCGGUAAUCAGGGAGCUUUUAUUAACAUGAAUGGUAAAUAUAUGAUACCCGAUUAUAUUACCUACUCGGAAGUGCCUCAUCCCGAUGUUAAGCCGAUGGCUUAUGCUUCAAGUUUUUUCGGUCUCAGGUCUUAAAAUGAAUACAACUUUCUCCUUCUUUUGCCCACCUCAACCUUUACCACCACCACGACAACAACAAUAACAACAACAACAACAACAAUACCAUCGCCAUUAGCAGCUUAAUUAAGACUAAUUAACAACACAAAGACACACACACACACCAAUGAUAUUACAUAACGUAAUAAUUAUCAAAUCAGCAGCAACAUCAACAGAGAAUGAAAGAAAAACAAGAAAAAAAAACAUUCAAAGUAAAGUUUAAUAGUAAAGAAAAUAAAAUAAUCACCAGAAAAAAUAAUUAAGAUUUUGAGAGAAACAAUUUUCUUUGUAAAUAUUGAUUAAUAAUCAAAUUAAUUAAAAAAAACUUAAUUGAUUCUUUGGU